AUGGAGCCAAAGAAGAUAGACCCGGAACAAAAGUAUCAAUGUCGAAUCUGUAACAAGGGAUUCAGUUGGCGAAGAGAAUAUGAAGAGCACAUUCGGACCCAUGGUUUCGAAGAUGAAACCGUUAUCGAGAAAGAAGAAAGGAUGCCCACCGCCGUAGCUGGUGGAGACUUCGCCCUUGAUAUGCCGACAUACAAUAGAGAGCUCCUUCCAUGGAAUUCACACUUCAAACCUGAUUAUAGCAGCUCUAGUAUUGCUGCUGCAGCUUCCGGCAAUGAUGAUGACGGCCGAGAUGGCCUUACUCCACCUUCACCGCCCUGCCCUUCAUAUAAAGGUAAACGAAUCGAACGCGAUAGGGAAAACUGUGGUAGCACCGAUCGUCAAACUCCGUCUCGCACACAAGAAGAAGAUGUGGCUCGUUUCCUCGUCGAGCUGUCCAAGGCCUUCCUUGAGCGUGCCCCUGUCUCGAACCAAAGCCAUCCUGCAGGUUACGAAUGUGAUAAUUGCAAGAAGGUCUUCCCAUCCCAUCAGGCCCUUGGCGGCCAUCGAGCCACCCACAAAAAAGUUAAGGGUUGUUCCGCCGUCAGCCUCGAAAUUAGAUCAGCCGGCACCAACAACAAGCAGAUUAGAAACCAAAAUAACAAUGUCGAUAAUCAAUAUAAUAAGGCCAGUUCUUCGUCAGAAAAUAUGGCACUACCGAUUGUCCCAUUGGCAGAAUAUCCGCCGCGACGUCCGUUGUCACCGAGGAAAUAUCCUAAGCCUCACAUAUGCAAGGAAUGUCUCCGGCAGUUUUCGACUGGUCAGGCGCUUGGUGGGCAUAUGCGAUGCCAUCGGAAACCAUCAAAUAUUACGGCUACUGUCACCGAAGCUGCUGUCGCUGUAAACCAGACGAUAGCCGCUGCCCCCACCACGGAGGUAGAAGUAGGAGCUGGUAGCAGCGAAGUGAACGCAGUACAACCUCGUAGCCCAACUCUUGUCCCUCUGUUGUCUAAUAGAUCAUAUCGUAAUAUAGACCUAAACGUGGAGCCGGAGUCGAGUGAAGAUAUGGACGGAAGCCCGCUGCGGCUUUAGUUUUCUGACCCGAAACCUCCGGAAUCUGCAUGUGAUACGGAGUCGAAGAGGAAGAUGGAUCUUGGCGAUGAGGGUGAGCCAGAUAGCGAGAGACAGUGAGGGGAGCAGCAUUCUAAAUUGUUUGUUUGAUUUUUCUUUUUAUUAUUGUUUUUUUUAUGUAAGUUGGCUAUCUCAUUGUUUAAUGGUAAAUCAAUAUCUGACUAGUUUGCCAUGCAACACAUUGCUUGGCUACAAAGUGCACCGCAUAAGCAGCAAUCUAUGCUUAAAAUUUUUCAAUCUAUGUACUAGUUUAAGCUAGUCCGAGAUUUAUAAAUGGAUGGCCAAGUGCCCAUGA